CGCCCUGCGCGCCCUGGCGCCCGCCUCGCUGCUGCUGCUGCCGGCCGAGGCCGAAACCCGGCAGCGCCUCCUGCGCGCCGUCAAGAAGGAGGUAAAGCAAAUAAUGGAGGAAGCCGUCACAAGGAAGUUUGUGCAUGAGGAUAGCAGCCACAUCAUUUCUUUCUGCGCCGCGGUCGAAGCCUGCGUCCUUCACGGACUCAAGCGCCGGGCAGCCGGUUUCCUGCGGAGCAACAAGAUGGCCGCCCUGUUUAUGAAGGUGGGCAAGAGUUUCCCGCCGGCCGAGGAGGUUUCCCAGAAAGUGCAGGACCUGGAGCAGCUCAUCGAGAGCACGCGGAACCAGGGCUCCAGCUUGCAGGAAAGCGCUCGCAAAACUCCAAAGCCCCCCAGCCUCUCCCCACAAGCCGUCAAGCACCUCUGGAUCCGGACGGCGCUUUUUGAGAAAGUCCUGGACAAAAUUGUGCACUACUUGGUGGAAAACAGCAGCAAAUACUACGAGAAAGAGGCCUUACUCAUGGAUCCAGUGGAUGGACCAAUCCUGGCCUCUUUGCUGGUGGGUCCUUGUGCCCUGGAGUACACUAAGAUGAAGACGGCUGAUCACUUCUGGACCGAUCCCUCAGCAGACGAGCUGGUCCAAAGGCACCGGAUCCACAGCUCCCACUGCUGGCAAGAUUCGCCCACCAAGCGCCCUGCGCUCUGUAUCCAGAAAAGGCACUCCAGCGGCAGCAUGGAUGACCGGCCCACCUUGUCCGCCAGGGAUUACGUCGAGUCGCUGCACCAGAACUCCAGGGCCACCCUCCUCUACGGCAAAAACAACGUCUUGGUGCAGCCGCGAGACGACAUGGAAGCCAUUCCGGGCUAUUUAUCGCUCCAUCAGACGGCCGACGUCAUGGCGCUGAAGUGGACCCCAAACCAGCUGAUGAACGGCUCCGUGGGCGACCUGGACUACGAGAAAAGCGUUUACUGGGACUACGCCAUGACCAUCCGCCUGGAAGAGAUUGUCUACCUUCACUGCCACCAGCAUGUAGACAGCGGGGGCACCGUUGUCCUGGUCAGCCAGGAUGGCAUCCAGCGCCCUCCCCUGAGGUUCCCGAAGGGAGGGCAUCUGCUUCAGUUCCUCUCCUGCCUGGAGAACGGCCUGCUGCCCCACGGCCAGCUGGAUCCCCCCCUCUGGUCACAAAGGGGGAAGGAGAAAGUCUUCCCGAGGCUGAAGAAGCGCAACCUGCAGGGGCCCCCGGAGUCUUCCUCGGACAGGGAGGAAGACGAGGCCACGGAUUACGUCUUCCGGAUCCUCUAUCCAGGCAUCCAAGAUUUCGCCCCCCAGGACCUGAUGGACGCGCCCGGGAGCGCCCUCCCUUCCAUGUGGCAGCCGAGUACCCGCAAGGCCUCCUGCCCUUCCUGCACCCAGGGGGCAUCCAGGGAGAACGGCCUGUCGAACGGCUGCAACCACGAAAGAGCCCCCCUGAAGCUCCUGUGUGACAACAUGAAGUACCAAAUCGUCUCUCGGGCGUUUUACGGCUGGCUGGCCUACUGCCGACACCUUUCCACCGUCCGGACGCACCUCUCGGCACUGGUCAACCAUGCCAUUGUGUCUCCCGAGGUGCCCUGCGAUGCCAGCUCGGGGCUGACGGUGGAGAUCUGGGAGAGGUUCCUCCAGGAUGGCACGAGCUACGAGGAGAAGGAGCUGCUUCGGCUGGUCUACUUCGGAGGAAUCCAGCAUGAGAUCCGGAAGUCCGUCUGGCCCUUCCUGCUGGGACAUUACCAGUUUGGGAUGCUGGAAGCCGAGAGGAAAGAGGUGGACCUACAGACCCGGGCCCACUACGAGCAAACCAUGGCUGAGUGGCUGGGCUGCGAGGCCAUCGUCCGGCAGCGGGAGAAGGAGUCCCAUGCAGCGGCCCUGGCCAAGUGCUCCUCGGGGGCCAGCCUGGACUCCCACGUGGGGCCCCUGAGGCACCGCGACUCCACCGUCAGCAACGGCUCUUCCCAGAGUAGCAGUUUUGGCCCCCAGAACCUCAGCCGGCUGCAGAGCGACUCCAGCGGCAGCACCCAGGUGUUUGAAUCGGUGGAGGAGCUGGAGCAGACGGAAGCCGAGUUGAAGCUGGAGGCCGGCAGGCGAGCGGCUCUCCCCAACGGUGGGGUCCCUGAGGCUGGGCCCUGCUCCCCCGACUCCGGCCACCCUUCCUCCCAGAACUUCUCCGUCACCUCGGCCUAUUCGGAGCAGAGCUUCAGCACGGAAGAGAGCUGGCCGGAGGCGGGCAAAGCGGGGGCAGCCCAGGCCGCUGGGGAAGGGCCCCCGCCUGCCGUGGACGGCAAGGGAGAGGCGGAAGGGCCCCAGGGGGAGGACUCUGUCGCCAGCACCCUGGAUGCCUUGGCCGGGGUGGGCCAGGAGCUGCCCGCAGAAGAGGAGGGGGCCCCCUCUGUGGCCGACCACUGGGCCCUCCCCAGUGCAGAGCAGCCGAGUUCCAUGGGGAGCGAAGACGACCUGUCGGAAGAGCCCGAGAUGGAGAGCCUCUUCCCGACCCUGGAUUCGCACUCGCUGGCCGUCACCGACCUCACCCUGAGCGAAGUCUCCCCCGUCUCUUCCUCAGGGGUGGCCUACUCGCCGGAGCUGCUGGACCUCUACACGGUCAACCUGCACCGCAUUGAGAAGGACGUCCAGAGGUGUGACCGGAACUACUGGUACUUCUCCCCGGUCAACCUGGAGAAGCUGCGGAACGUCAUGUGCAGCUACAUCUGGCACCAUAUUGACGUGGGCUACGUCCAGGGAAUGUGCGACUUGCUGGCUCCGCUGCUGGUCAUCCUGGAUGAGGAAGCCCUGGCCUUCAGCUGCUUCACAGAGCUGAUGAAGAGAAUGAACCAGAACUUCCCCCAUGGAGGAGCCAUGGACACCCACUUUGCCAACAUGCGGUCCCUCAUCCAGAUCCUGGACUCAGAGCUCUUCGAACUGAUGCACCAAAACGGGGAUUACACCCAUUUCUACUUCUGCUAUCGCUGGUUCCUCUUGGAUUUCAAGCGAGAGCUGGUCUACGAGGAUGUCUUCACCGUCUGGGAGACCAUCUGGGCGGCAUCUCAGGUCUCCUCGCCUUGCUACGGCCUCUUCAUCGCCCUGGCCCUGGUGGAGGUGUAUCGGGACAUCAUUCUGGAGAACAACAUGGACUUCACGGACAUCAUCAAGUUCUUCAAUGAAAUGGCCGAGCGGCACAACACGAAGCAGGUCCUUCAACUGGCCCGGGAACUCGUCUCCAAAGUCCAGACGCUGAUUGAGAACAAGUGAUUGGGAAGCUCCCUGUCACCCUGGCCUUCCUGCCCUUGGAGGAUGGAUGACGCCGAGGGUCCCGGGAGGGUCCGUCCUGGGCUCCGACCCCCUGGAGAGGCAGCAGAGGAGAACCUGGCCUCGCCCAUCUGCCCAGCAGCCGCUCCUUCUGACACUUGACCAAAGAACUCCGACCCCCCCCUCCCUCCCCCGUCUUGGCCAGGCGGGCAUUUGACCUGGCCCAGAGUGGGAGAUGGGGGCCUUGGCAAAGGUGGCAGGAACGGGCCAGUCCUUAGUUCCCCCCCUCUCUUCAGAUCUUCCUGCCGUGCGUGUCGGUUGGGGGCGUGCGGCUUCCUCCCCAGAUCUUGUCCCACCGCACUGGAGGACCCGGGCUGACGCUUGACCUCCUCCGCCCUCUGGAUUGGGCUGCCCUUCGGGGCCAUCUCUGCCCUGGAGCUCUUCUGGGCAGCCUCCUCCGUCCGCAGGCCUUGGUGCCAAAUCCCUGCUGCCAUAUGGACUGAUGGACGUCUGCUUUCAUGAGGCUGGACUGGGCUCCCUGCUCUGCUUCUGCUUGUGGCCUCUCGUCCUCCCCUGCUCUGAGGGGGGCCGCCUGCCCUGGCUCCUUCCCCCUUUUCCCGGAGGGAAGCCCUUCUCCAUCCUUUCAGUCUUUGGCUGCCGUGGGAUCGUGCCCAUCAGCGUCCCCCCACUCCGUCUCUGAGGGCCCCCGUCAGCCGCCUUCUGAAGCAGGCGAAGAGGGCAGCCCUGCCUUGUCUUCCUCCAGAAUCGCCCCUCAGCAGGGACCUCGGCUUCUCCGGGAGGGAGGGAGGGAGGGAGGCUUGGUGGUUUGAUUCCUUUAAACUCAGGUGUUUCUCAAGAGGAGCAAAAUGGGGUUUUGUUACCUGUCAAAACCUGCCAGGAAAAAGCCUCCCUUUGGGCUGAGCAAGUCCCCUUGUUUUUGCUGUGAAAAUGCUUUCCUGCAAGCCGGAAGCCCUUUAGCCAUAGCUGUUCCCCGCUUUCUUCCUUUGGACCCCUAAACAGUGCUGCAGUUCCUCUGUGGGCUUCUAAUCUCCCCAUUCCGUUUUGGAGAGGGAAAAGUAACAAAAAGAGCAACUCUUAAAGGCUUCUGUCCGUC